GUGAGCAGCACUUUUUAGUUCACACAUCCAAUACACUUGCACGCGUGCCGCGCACACAUGUAAACAACACACACAAACACAACCGAACUUGUUAUUUCACAAAGCAAAGAAUUUUUUGCGCGCGGCCGUCAAUAAAAUUGUAUGUUGGUAUUUUUGCGGAAAAGCACUAAAUUAACAUAUGUAGCAUGCAAAUGAGAACGCAUUGCAAGUAGGCGCUUCAAUAAUAACAAAUAGUCAAUAUACAACUAAAUGCUAUUAUUAUUACAAAUUGUUAAAAACUUGUAUUUGACAAGUGGCAGUGUUCAUUGAGAUUUUGUGAGGACAGCAACGUGCUGAACGCAACCGUUGUCAUUUUUCCUCGACGGAAUUAUUUCACUCGCCAACAAAAAAAAAACAGCGCUGCAUGCGAUUUCGGUAUUUUUAUUCUAUACAAUUUGGCAUGCAUAUAUUUCUUAAGAACUAGUAAAGAAAGAAUAGCAAACAGUUUGUUAAUUUGGAUUUAGUCAAAACGCAAAACAACGAAAACAACAACAACAACUGUUGGGUGAGUGCACAAUUUAUGCACACACAAACACACACAACACACAUACAGAGAGAAACUAAAUAAUUCAACUGCAACAGUUGCAGUAAGUAGCAAUCACAAUUUGAAUAACAUUGAGCUGCAACUUCAGUGACAACACAAACGGACACCCACACACACACACGCACAGACACACCGCGAUGAGCGUGGACACGUAUGCGCCGAGUUCGGCGCUCUCUUUCCUGGACAUGGAUGACAAUGAGCUGCUGCGAGGCGCCGAUACGCAGCCGACGCAAUACGAUUAUCGUGACUUCACCAUGCCGUCCACAUCGCAGAGUCAAACGCAAGGCGAUCAGCUUGAAUUGCAGCCGCGUCGUGUUAGCGUUCAUGCCAACGAUAUACAUCCACGUUUGGCAUCCAUCACUAACGACUUGGCGGACUUGCAGUUCGAGGAGGAGGACGAUGAGGGUGGCGGCGGUGGCAGCUCGGCGUAUGUGAAGGAGCUGCCGGCACACGCCUGUAAAUAUUGUGGCAUCCAUGAUCCGGCCACCGUUGUCAUGUGCAACAAUUGCAAGAAAUGGUUCUGCAAUGGACGUGGCAGCACAUCCGGUUCGCACAUCAUCAAUCAUCUGGUGCGUGCCAAGCAUCGUGAGGUCACCCUACAUGGCGAUGGUCCCCUGGGCGAGACGAUACUGGAGUGUUAUUCAUGCGGUGUUCGCAAUGUCUUUGUUCUGGGCUUUAUACCCGCCAAGGCGGAUUCGGUGGUGGUGUUGCUGUGCCGACAACCGUGCGCCGCUCAGAACUCACUCAAGGACAUGAACUGGGAUCAGGAGCAAUGGAAGCCCCUUAUUGCUGAUCGCUGCUUUCUCCCCUGGCUGGUGAAACAGCCCAGCGAACAGGGACAGCUGCGGGCUCGUCAAAUCUCCGCUGCCCAAAUCAACAAGCUCGAGGAGCUGUGGAAGGACAACAUUGAGGCAACAUUUCAGGAUCUGGAGAAACCUGGCAUUGACUCGGAGCCGGCACAGGUGCUGUUGCGCUACGAAGAUGGCUAUCAGUAUGAGAAGACCUUUGGUCCGCUGGUGCGUCUGGAGGCGGACUACGACAAGAAGCUGAAGGAGUCGGCCACGCAGGAAAACAUCGAGGUGCGCUGGGAUGUGGGCCUGAACAAGAAGACCAUUGCGUACUUUACGCUGGCCAAAACCGAUUCGGACAUGAAGCUAAUGCAUGGCGAUGAGCUGCGUCUGCGCUACGUGGGUGAUCUCUAUAACAGCUGGAGCGAGAUCGGGCAUGUCAUUAAGGUGCCGGAUAACUUUGGCGAUGAUGUGGGCCUGGAGUUGAAGUGCUCCUCGAAUGCGCCCGUCAAAUGCACGAGCAGCUUCAGUGUGGAUUUCAUCUGGAAAUGCACCUCGUUUGAUCGCAUGACUCGCGCACUCCGUCACUUUGCCAUGGAUCGCAAUUCCGUGUCGAAUUUCAUCUAUGCCCGUCUCCUGGGUCAUGGGCGUGCCGAUGGCAGCGAUGAGGUGCUGUUCCGUGGGCCACAGCCCAAGCUAUACAGUGCACCGCAUUUGCCGGAUCUGAAUCGAUCGCAGGUAUAUGCCGUGAAGCAUGCGCUGCAGCGUCCGCUCAGCCUCAUCCAGGGACCGCCGGGCACGGGCAAAACGGUCACAUCGGCGACAAUUGUCUAUCAGCUGGUGAAACAGCAUGGCGGCACCGUUCUGGUGUGCGCGCCCAGCAAUACGGCCGUCGAUCAGCUGACGGAGAAGAUCCAUCGCACCAAUCUGAAGGUGGUGCGUGUGUGUGCCAAGAGUCGCGAGGCCAUCGACAGUCCGGUCAGCUUCCUGGCUCUGCACAAUCAAAUACGCAACAUGGAGACCAACUCAGAGCUAAAGAAACUGCAACAGCUGAAGGAUGAAACCGGUGAGCUAAGCUCGGCGGAUGAGAAACGCUAUCGCAGUCUGAAACGUGGCACCGAAAACCAACUGCUCGAGGCAGCCGAUGUCAUCUGUUGCACCUGUGUGGGUGCCGGCGAUAUUCGUUUGUCCCGCAUCAAAUUCACCUCGAUACUGAUCGAUGAGUCCAUGCAGUCGACGGAGCCGGAGUGCAUGGUGCCGGUGGUGUUGGGUGCCAAGCAGCUAAUCCUUGUGGGUGAUCACUGCCAGCUGGGUCCGGUGGUCAUGUGCAAGAAGGCAGCACGCGCUGGACUCUCGCAGAGUUUGUUUGAGCGCCUUGUGGUCCUGGGCAUACGUCCAUUCCGCUUGGAAGUGCAAUAUCGUAUGCAUCCGGAGCUGUCACAGUUUCCGUCCAACUUCUUUUACGAGGGAUCGCUGCAGAAUGGCGUUUGUGCCGAGGAUCGUCGCCUUAAGCUGGACUUCCCUUGGCCACAGCCGGAGCGUCCCAUGUUCUUUUUGGUUACCCAAGGACAGGAGGAGAUUGCCGGCUCCGGCACGUCCUUCCUCAAUCGAACGGAAGCGGCCAAUGUGGAGAAGAUCACGACGCGUUUCCUCAAGGCGGGCAUCAAGCCCGAACAGAUUGGCAUCAUCACACCCUAUGAGGGACAACGUGCCUAUCUGGUCCAGUAUAUGCAAUACCAGGGCAGCUUGCAUUCGCGUCUCUAUCAGGAGAUUGAGAUAGCCAGUGUGGAUGCGUUCCAGGGACGCGAAAAGGACAUUAUCAUAAUGUCGUGUGUGCGCUCCAAUGAGCGUCAAGGCAUCGGAUUCCUCAACGAUCCGCGACGCUUGAAUGUGGCACUAACGCGCGCCAAAUAUGGCAUCAUCAUUGUGGGCAAUCCCAAGGUGCUAGCGAAGCAACAGUUGUGGAAUCAUUUGCUCAACUUCUACAAGGAUCGCAAGGUGCUGGUCGAGGGCUCUCUGAACAAUUUGAAGGAGUCGCUCAUUCACUUCCAGAAGCCCAAGAAACUGGUCAACAGCAUGAACAUUGGCGCCCACUUCAUGUCCACCAUGAUGGCCGAUGCCAAGGAGGUGAUGGUGCCCGGCUCCAUAUACGAGCGUAGCAGCGGCUAUGGACGUCAAAUGCCAUCGUCGAAUCCCACGCCCAACCUCAAUGGUGGCCACUAUCCAGCUGGACCCUAUGGUGGCUAUGGCGGUGGUGGUGGUGGCGGUGGUGCUGCCAACUCGGUUGGCAACAAUAUGAUGAAUCCCGCUGCCGCAUAUGGUGGCUAUGGCGCUGGUGGCGGUGGCGCUGCUGCCGGUAACAAUAAUUAUGGUGCUGGGAAUGCGGCAAGUGGUGCCAGCUGGAAUACAGCUCAUCUGCACGACUCAAUUGGCUAUAUAUCGAAUGAUCAUGGCGCUGCCGCACUCGCUAAUAUGCCUGUGCCCGUGGGCAUGUUCAUGAACAUGAGCAACAUGCCAUCGAGAUUCUACAAUCAACAUCAGCAGACAAUAACGGCCGCCAAACAGAAUCGUGCCAUGCACAAUCAGUCCAACUUUGCGCCGCCUUUGGCUGCCAGUGGUGCUGGUGGUGCUGUUGGUGUUGGUGCUGUUGGUGGACUGGCUGCCAAGAAGAGCGGCAAAUUGUCCAAGAUCCGUGCUGGCAAUGGACAGUUGAUGGCUAUUGGAUCCACAUCGGCAUCAUCAGCAGCAACAGCUGCAUCGACAACAGCAACAACAGCGGCUGCAGCAGCAGCAACAACAAUAUCAACUACAACAACAACUACAUCGAGUGGAUCAAGUGGAGCGGUGGCACCGUUUAGCCAACAUCCAACAUCGUUGUCCCUCCAAAUGACACAACCAAGCGGCUUUGCGCUCUCCCAGCAGCCGGAACUCUCGCAGGACUUUGGCCAGAUCUCGCAAAUGGACGGACUCCUCUCGCAGGAUGUUACCUUUAAUGUGUCGGGCGAACGCAGUUUGAAUCAAUUCUCGCAACCCUACUGAGAAGGUUGAGGAGGCGCGCACAAUUGCAACAACAAUGUACGACAACAAACACAACAAGCAAACAACAAACAAUUUGAAAGAACUUUGAAGCCAUCAGCAGCAACAGCAGCAGUCGCGGUAGCAGCGCAGCGACUCAUGGCGGCAGCAGCUGUUGCAGCAAAGACAACGACAACAACAAGAGCAGCAACAACAACAACAUCAACAUCAUGAAGAGCAGAACAAAAUGUAAAUGAAAGAUGUGGACAAGGACAAGAACAAGAACAAGAAGAUCAUGGAACACAAAGAGCAAGCAGGGGAAUAGUCUAUGGAACAACUAAACUCGGCCACACUGAAGAGAGCAUGAAGGCAAACGUGAGAGAGAGCCUUCAUAAGCGAUGAGUGAGCGAGAGACACGAAGGCGGGAAAAAGACAAGGAGAGAGCGUGCGAGUGAGCAAAAUGGAGGAAGCGGCAUCAGUAAAAAGGGCACCGCACACACAUAAACA